CUCUCUUUCUGGCUCCCUCCCUCUCUUUCUGGCCUGCCUAUCUAUCCACAUCGUGAUAGUUAUGUGCAGACAAACAAAUACCAGUCAGUCGCUGGCUGGCUAGCUGGCGAUUGAUAUGCAUUAACUAACGAAGAGGACACACACACAGACAGACAGACAGACUACUCACUCACUCACAGACUAUGCGUGUGCUGCAUGCAGUUGAAAAGGGUACGUUCGUACGUACCGUUGGUUGAGUCAGUCACUCAGUGAGUCAGUCGGCUUGAUCGAUGAAGACAGACAGAAAGCCAUUAGGUGUCUUAAUUAAGAUGGAUGAAGGAUGAAUGAAUCGACCCAUGCACUAGACACCUCACCUUACAGACAUACACACACAGCACGAGUUAGACAGACGAGACGAGACGACGCAACACAUCCCAUCCAUCCAUCACCAUCAAUCAGCUCACCGCAUGCAGCCAAAGAACCCCGCGACCCACUCCCCCGCCCGCUGCGCCUUGUCCACGAUCCAGUCGCCCGCAUCUUGCACCCUCUCCCUCGCCGUCGCCAGGGCGGCCAUCGUCCUCAUGUUGGCAUCCUGGCUUUCGGUCCUGACCUCCAUCGCCCCAGGGAAGUCCCGGCUCGUUUGCCACAGCUCCCUCUCUCCUCGGUGGUAGUUGAAGUACCACCCCGGCAGCACCACGGCGCCGGGGGGCAGCUGCACGACGGCAGCUGUCCAGGCCUCGAAGUGAAGGAGGGGCACGGCGGGAUGCGGUGGGGGUGGGGCGAAAUGGGAGAAGAUGGGAGGAGGCGGCAAUGGCAAUGAGGGGUGGGGGUGCAGGGGGUGGGAGACGACCGGCAGAGGGACAGCAGCAUUGUGGCGCACAUACAUGGUGUGGUCGGCAGUAUUCAAACCUGACGCACGCACACACACACACACACACACAGACAGACUACAUGAUUAGCUUGUCGACAGACAGACAGACAGACAGAUGGAUCAAGAGAGGUGCUCAUCCCAUCCAUCCAUUGUUUGUUUGUUUAUCUAUGUAUCUAUGUAUGUAUGUCCCGUCCGUCCCCAUUACAUACAGACAUACACACAUAUCUGUCCCACCCACUUCAUACCGUGUGUGGCGGUGGGUCCGUGGCUCUCGUGUUGUGAGACGUGCUCGUCUCCCGCCACCGCACCCUUGAUGGUCUCGGCCGCCUGCUGGUGUAGCUGCUGCUGCUGCUGUAGCUGCUGCUGUAGAGCGGCCUCGGCCUCUUGCUCACCCUGGAUGCGACGCAACUCCUAUAACAAAGGAUUGAUUUAGUGGGACAUCCACACACACACACACACACACACAACACACACAACAAACACGUGUGUGUUGUGUCGGCGCGGCGCACGUGUGUUGCUUGUCCGCCCACUCACUCACCCACAUUACACGCACCUGCGCUCGUAUGGUGUUCCGCUUGAGGCGGUCGAAUGAGUUUCUUCGGCGCUUGUGGUCGUUGGCCAGCCGCAGCUGGUCGGCUUUGGCCCACCGCUCAGCAGCGCGGAAAGCUUCCUGGUUGGUGAUGCUGAAUGCCUCCAGGGCGGCCUCGGCAGCAGUGAUCUUCUGCUCGGUGAUGGCCGCACGGAUGGAGUCGAGGCUGCUGUUGGUGGCCAGCCGCUUGAGGUCGUCGAGGCAGGCUCGAUACCGGCCGUAGUCCAUGGGCCAAGGGGUGUCGUCCUGCCCCUGCCGCCACUGGCUGUCGGUGCUGCCACUGGUCCAGGGGUGUGUGUGUGAGUAUGCGUCGAGAUAGAGGUCGCCGAGGUCGCCGGCGUGCUCCAUGAUCUCGUUGAUCCAUGUGAGGGGGCGGAUGGGGUCGUAUGUCGACAUGAAGGUGUCGAUGAGUGCACGGGGGACCUCGAGAGCGUAGGCCUCCAGCUGGUCGUACAGGCCAAUCGAGUGAAAGGGGAACAGCUCCGUCGGGCCGGGCCGCACCAGCUCUGCACACACAUUCAAUUCAUGAAUUACACACACACAGCACAGCACAGCACAGAGAGAGGAGAGGAGAGGAGAGGCAUUGGGUAAAACGGGUCGGGUCGGGUCGGGUCGCGGUGUGUGUGUGUGUAAUUAAUGUGGGUAUGAUUGUCCCUCCCCCCCUCACUCACUGACUGACUCAAGUGGCUCACUCACUCACUCACUCACUCACCAGUUGUGAUCCAGGGCUGGGCGUAUCCGUAGCGCAAAUUGACCUUUUCGGUGUACUCGUACAUCCCCUUGGGCCACCGAGGGCCCGCCGUCCCUUGGUGGUUGACCAGAUCGUUAUCUGCACCAGCCAACCAACCAACACAAUCACAAUCACAAUCACAAUCACACCGCGAACAUACGGCAGCAGAGGCUUCCUCUCUCUCUCCCUCUCUCCCUCCCUCCCUCCGUCACUCACCUCUGAGAUCUAUGACCAGUGGUGGCGUCUUCAUGAUUUUCUCCUCCUCCCUGGCAGCCGCCUCUCCCCUCUGCUGUCGCGACUCCUGACGCCGCUUGGCGUCCUGCUGGUCCUUGGCUGAUGGCGGCAUGGGCUCCUCGUCACACCGGGCCCACGUUCGCUCCCGCCGCUCUUUGUCGUCGGCCACCUGCUCGUCACGCGACUGCCGAGCCCUCUCAUGGGCCGAAAUCAGCGAGUCGCGAAGGCGGGGGUCCUCGAGGCAGCCCCACUCAGCCAGCUCGAUGCCUGGAGGGUCGGGUGGGUCGACGCACGCACGCACACAGACAGACAGACAGAAUCUCCGUCCAUGUGUUUGGGUUUGGUGGGUUUGGUGUGCCGGUAGGUACCUACCUCUGAGGUCCAGGUUGGUGAGGUGGAGGUUUUGGGAUGCCCAGAAGAGGAAGUCCAUGAAGCACUCCUCCUUCUUCCGCCCCGUCUUGACACUAGGACCAGCAGAGUUGUGAUUCAGUCGCAGACGCCUGGGCCAUAGAUACAUACAUAUCGAUCACCAACCAACCGGUUACCGAGGAGGGAAGAACAUAAUUAAUGGAUAGAUAGAUGGAUAGAUGUGAUGUCUGUCUAUGUGGUUGGAUGGAUGGAUGGAUGGGUGAGUCAUGCAGUGUGUGUGUCUAUGAUGUAUGUAUGUUAUGUGCGUGCGUACGUCCGUACGUACGUCCCGGAUGUACUGUCUGCUGGGGUUCUGGUGGAGCCCCGACUGCAGGACUCUGAAGAUGUCAUGGGGCGGGUUGCGGCUGAGGUCCAGGUCACAGAUCAGACUACGCCUCAGAAGCUCCUCCAACGAUUUCUGAAUCAACACCACACGCAACCAGCAAUUAAUUGUAUGUAUACGUAGGACGUACGCCUCGCGCAGCGCAUUCACUUCUGAGCUGGCUGAGUGAGCUGAGGAGACCUGACUGACUCACUGACUGACGUAUGCAUGUACCUCUAUCUCUCGUCUGUAGUGCUCCGAGCCGCUGGAGUGGACCAGGGCCCCACUGAGGUCCAACACAUCAAGUUGCGCGCCGCUGAUGCCCUGGCGGACAGACAGAAAGACAGAAAGAAAGAAGAGACAGACACGCACACACACAGGCGGAUGAUACGAUCGAUACACACGCGUCAACGAACGUCAGAGUGUAUUGACUUGACUGCAUUGACUGACUCCUUACAUACCCUGAUGAGUGCCGUAAUGCCAGGAUACGGCGCAUCGACCCCAGACAGCCUCAGCUCCCUAACACACUCACAUACACACAUAUGCACACACAUGCACACACAGAGGCGCCAUGUAGAGACCGCCAGUCGUCCAUCCCCUCCCUCCCUCCCUCCCUGCCACCCACCUGAGUCGGGUGAAUGGGUGUGUGCACAACGCAUUAGGGGCUUCUCUAGGGUCGCCAUUCGAUGGGCCUGCCCUCGGUCUGCUGACGUUGUCGCCCUCUUUGCUGAGGCUCCUGUGGCUGAGGAGGGCCCCAAGGCGAGCGAGGAAGGACUCGGUCAGAUGGGUCUCACUGGAGGAGAUGUCGAGGAUCUGGAGGUCUGGAAGGGACGCUAGGGCGUCGGCGAAGCGACAGGCCGUGGCCCUGGGCAGCCACCGCAAUUCGAGACCUGGGUAGACAGACAGACAGACAGACCAUCAGUCAGUCAGUCGAGCCAUUCAAGAUUGCAUCUCUCUCUGGCCAGGCCAGGCCAGGCCAGAGAUCUAUGGAGGGCUCGACCGGACCCACCCGUUAAUUAAUGAAUGACAUUCACAGCUAGCUAGCUAGCUCACCAGGCAUGACCAUCGACUUGAGCCGCUUGGCGACUGCGAUGUAGGCGACGAACUCUGUGAGCUCGUAGGGGGGCACCGACUCUUGGUGGCCGCCGCACAACGUCAAUAUCUCCUCGGGCGCUAUCCUACACACACACACACACACACACAGGGCGGCACAUCACAUUCAUUCAGUGUAGCAAUCUGUGGGUGGGUGUUGCGCGCCUUCCUUUGGCAUGGACGCACCGCACCUUCGCAGUGUGUGCAUGACCCAGUUGGGCAGGUUGGGAUUGACGGUGACGUACGGCGCCAGCAGCUCGCGAGUUGGGGAAUGCGGGCCCGUCUUGCCGUGAAGCGGACACAAGCUGCAUGCGCCAACACACACGUACAAACUGUACCCACGCUGUGCACUGAGGUGUGUGUGUGUGUGUGUCGGUCUGACGUGUCGUACCCGGUUUGGAGGGUCCGGCACGUGGCUGCGAAUGUGCUGACUUGGAUGGCGGGCAUGGCCUGGGGGCCGGCGUGCUCGUAGAUCAGACGUCGCACCUGCUGCGCGCACAGCAGCUUGACCAAGUUGCACUGCACACAUGUAUCACAUACGUCACAUGACAUGACAUGACAUGAAUGCAUGUGGGUGUGGUGUGUGGGCGGGCAAACAUGCCUCUUGGUUCUGUCGUUGGGCUCGCUGACGCCACACAGCGAUUCGGUCGGCCUCGUCACGCAAACUCCGCUCCAGCCCCUCUGGCAGACUCACCUCCUGAAGACACACAUACACACCACACCCACACCGACAUGAAUGCAUUCAUGUCAAUGCAUUCAUGUCGGUGUCUGUGUACUGCAUAUACUAGUCGUCAGCGCCUUGACUGACUCGACUCACCUACCUACCUUGAGUACGGCAGCCAGGUUGGCCUCCUGCACGUACUGCAACACAUACGCACUGUUGUUCCUACACACACACACACACACACACACAGCCAAAGAGACAGACAGACGGGCAUCAAUCGCAUCAGUCAGGCAGACAAACGGGUCAUCCAUCCAUCCAUCAGUCAUCUAUCUCAUCCCGCCCGCCUGCUUGCUUACAUGUUGAGCAGUCCCCGGCCCCCAUACUGCUCCUGUGUUGCGGCCGUCUCGGACGUCUGGACCACGAUCCUGUCGUUGAACUUGAACCACGGGCCCCCAGGGCCUUGGGGGCGAAUGAGUGCGUAGUAGUGGCCGCUGAAGAUCUCCCCCUGGUGGACCAGCACCGCGUGCAGAUGGUAUGUGGAGAGCGAGGGGUCGGCCGCCGGCAUGAUGGACGAGAGGUCGAGGGUGGCGGGGUACUCGAACCUGUCGUUGACCUUCUCCAUGUCGAACGCUCCACUCUGAUGAUACAUAAGGAAUAGAUGGAUGGAUGGAUGGAUGAAUGGAGAGGGAGAGGGGGAGGGGGAGGGGGAGGGGCCAACAUUAUCUGCUGGUGUCUGUCUCUUUGUCUGUGUGUCUGUCUGUCUGUUGUGUUUGGGUACACACAUACAUACCGCGUUGAUGAUGUCCCUGAAGCGCUUGAGCUGGAAGCGUAGGACGGCGGGGAGCUUGCGGAAACUGCAGUCAAUCAGUCACAUACAUACACACAAGAGGGAGGGAGGGAGGGAGGGAGGGAUGGUGCGUGCACUGCGCAGAACCGCACCACCUUCUGUCUACUCACUCACUCACUCACCGUAUGCGUCUCUUGGCCUUCUGUCUGCCGUGCUGGUGCCCGGCAUCAUACUUGUUGACGCCAUCGAGUAUCUCCUCCUGCACACCAAACACCACACACACCCACAGGGGCGGGCGCACAGAAGGUAUGUAUGUAUGUGUCCCUCCCUCCCUCCCUCCCUCCCUCCAUGUGUCAGUCAGGUCAGUGCCAAUCAAUCAAUGUCUGUAUUCAUGUGUGUGUGUGUGUGUGUGUGUGUACCUCGGUGUACUUCUUGAUGGACUGGUGGAGGUCUUGCAUGCCCUCGACGUUGAGGGGGACGUGGAGGAAGGUCUCCGUACGGCGCGAGGUCAAGCACACAUCGACGCAGUCUGUCAGCGUCUCUAUCUCACCUGACACAGUCACACAAAUAGACAGACAGACAGACAGACGUACACAAUGAAUGAAUGCACCCACCCUCCUUCCUUCCCUUCAUGUAAUCAAUCCCCUCCCUGUGCACUGCACUGCACUGCACUGCACUGCACGUGUGUGUGUCUGACCGACCCUCAAAGAGUGCCUUGAUGCUCAGCGCCUCCUCGGCGUCCGUCUGCACCACACCUUGGCCCUCCCCCGACCCCUCAAUCCUAGCCCGCUUGAGCCGGAUGGUGCCGCUGCCGGCGGUCUUGGGCUUGGCCUUGUCCUCGAGUGCGUCAAAGAGCAGGAGCUCGAGCUCAUGCGUGUCGUUCUGCACACUGGCGUGCUCCGACGUCCAACCGAAGGCCCUCAUCAGCGGCCACGUGCUGACGGGGCUGCUGGACCGCUGCAGCUGCCCGAAGACCUCUUGCAGCGCACGCGUGAUGGACAGGCGCUUGUACCCCACGCCCAAACCACCACCGGCCGGCCCCCCCACCGCCACUCCCACUCCGUCUGUCACGUCACUGGUGGCCGUGGUCAUUGAGGUGAGCGACAGCUGGUCUGGCCAGCGCACCACGAUAUCGUCCCCCGCUGUUGCGCCACUGCGGCCGAGCGGCAUCGGGUUGGUGGCUGAUGUGUGUGAUAUCGAUGCGGCGCCUGUGCUGGCCUCCAUGUCCUCCUCGGUGAGGGAAUCCACAUCACUGAGGGUGGGGGUGGGGUAGACCAGCCGCCGGAAUGACGGCAGAUGGAAGAGGCCUUGCAGGUUCACGUUCAGGUAGCACGUGGCGCCGUGGUUCUCCAGGCCACACGGUACGUGGCGCUGGGCAGCAAACUGCACACACACAGACACACAGACAGAAAGAGAGAUGUCCGAAACGAAUAAAAGACACAGACAGAGACAGACAGACAGACCGACCAACAUGUAGGUGUGACGCAUCCAGCCAGCCAUCCAUUUCCUGUCCUGUGCAUUAAUUAUCCCAUUUCCCGUGCACGUCUUUUCUCACCAUUUCAAGUGGCUCUGCCGCCCCCGCUCCCGCCUGCGGCAAGGCUAUGUGCGGCAGCUGCUGCGCCCGUCGAGAGGCCUCCUCCGAGUCCGUGCCAUCCUGAUGCCCUGGGUCGGUGGCUGCGAUAAGCGCUAUCACGGUGGAAAGCGGCAGCGGCAGUGAUGUGCCUUGCGACAUGCCGAUGCCUUCCGAGGACUGUGGUGCAAACCUAGAGGGGCUGCCGUGGAGUCGGCAAAGGAAACCGAGAGGAACAGCUGAAAUGACCUGUCACUACACUAGUAUGUGUAUCUAUCCUAUCCUAUCCUCGUAGCCGCUUCUUGAG